UCUCUCUCUCUCUCUCUCUCUCUCUCUCUCUCUCUCUCUCUCUCUCUCAUUUUCGCCCUGAUGUUCUAUAAAUUCGAUGAACAAUGACCAAAUCAGAUUACCCAUUUGGAUUUUCAUUAACCCUUGUCUUGACCCAGAAGAAAAAAAGCUGUCUUUUCAUAGGUUCUUGCCUGGGUUCACAAUAUCUGAAGAGCGCUGUGUGUUCUUGACUUUUUUUUGUUAGAGUUUUCAGCAAAAUGGAAUCAACGAAGAAGAAAUGGUCCAUAAAGGAGAAUCCGAUACUGAAGACAUGGAAAAAGAUGAAAUCGUUAGGGCACAUGAGCAACCGCAACAAGAAGAACAAGACUCCAGAUCCAUGUUCAUCGCCCUUGCCAUCCUCUUCCUACUCCGCGCCAUCGUUCGCGAAAAGCCGGUCGUGGCACUGCUCCGCCCUUCAAUCCGACCUUCACGAGGAAAAGAAAAGCCCAAACGACAAGAGAGAUCGAACGGCGAUGUUUGCGCCGCGUGGAUGUUUCACAGUCUACGUGGGUCCCAAGAAAGAGAGGUUCGUGGUCAGGACAAAGCUGGCGAGCCAUCCGAUGUUCAAGAUCCUGCUGGAAGGUGCGGAAGAAGAGUUCGGUUACAGAAGCGAAGGACCCAUUGUUCUUCCUUGCGAGGUUGACUUUUUCCUCAAGGUUUUGGCGGAAAUGGAGUCUCUCGACGAAGAAGACGAAGAAGACUGGAAUAACAACCUUCCGGUUUGCGGGCUGUGCAGUCCGUACAGAUCGUACGGUGGUGGAGCGGAUUCCACGGCUGUGAAACGCUACGGAUCCUACAAGGUCCUUCGAACUCCGCCAACGUUCAAACUGAACUCAGUAUGAGUUUAUGUUGCAAAAGAGUCCCUGUCUCCCUAAGCAUGUAAAUAGAGUGAAUAUUGAAAACUACAGCAAAAAAUAGAGGAAGAGAGAGAUAAGAUCACCAAGAGAAGUAAAGUAAAUGAGUUGUUCUUCUUGCUAAGCCUAGAGGCGCAUAUACACUAUAUCCUUGUAACUGUGUAGAGAUUUGUUGGUUAUUGGAUUUAUGUUAUCUAAUUUUUGUAUCGGACAAUUUGUGGGUCGAGUUACAUUGUAU